AUGUCUUUAAAGAUGGAUAACAUUGAAUGUGCCAAACUUGAGCCAAAUAAACAAAUUGGCAGUGGAUCAUCCGGCGAUGUAGAACUUAUGAAAUAUAAUGGAAAACUAAUAAUCCGGAUUGGUACAGCAGCAGCGAUAAGUGAAUUUGAUAAACUUGAAUCCCCCCAAGGUUGUAAACAUAUAAUUGACUUCUAUGGUUGGACUAAUACUCCGAACCAUAAAAUCGGCUUAGUAACAGAGUAUGCAGAUGGGGAAGAUUUACAUAAAUACCUUAUUCGAAACUCUCUAAACGAUGAAGAAAAAGAAAAAAUGGCGGGUCAAAUUUCAGUUGGAUUAGCAGAAUGUCAUAACCAUAAUAUUAUACAUUCGGAUUUAAAACCCGAAAAUAUUUUAGUAGUAAUAAAGAAUAGUAAAUUGCUAUUAAAGAUUGCAGAUUUCAGUGCAAGAACGGUUUUAUGGGCUGCACCUGAACGUCUUUGUAAAAAUGAAUUAUUUAAACGCUAUUAUGAUGAAUCCCAAUUACCAAAACUUUUAGAGCUACAGAAUAAUUAUAUAAAAAACCCGACACUUUCAGAUAUUUAUAGUUAUGGACUUAUUUUGUGGGAAAUUGCAAUGAAUGGUGAAGAAAUAUACGAAGAACAGAACAAUAAUAUUGAAAAAGUCAUGAAGAUUAAGGCUUGUGGAAAUAUUGAUGAUUUAAUUAGCAAGCUUAGCGAACAAGAAUGUCCAAAAAAUCUUGAAACUUUAAUUCGAAAAUGUUGUACUUUUAACCCUGAAAACCGUCUACAAAAGAUAAAGGAA